CAACUGUCAUGUCUGUUAUCACAUCACAAAAAUAUUGUGUGAAUUUUGAAUUUUAUAUCCUAAAUUUAAUUUUGCCAUGGACUGAGAAAUAUAGCAAUUACCUUUACCACUAACUCAAACUAGGUACCAUCCCAAUUUUAGUCACAAUGUUUCGAAGCAGUCUCCUCUCGUUGGUUAGAAACCUCCGUAGAACCCCUAGAAAGACAAUAAUAACCAAAAUCCGCAACCACGCGCCGGUGCCUUUAGCUUUUAUCUCCACCGUUUACUGUGAUAUAAAGAAUGAAGAGAGCAUAGACGCUAAUGAUGAAAUGGCAUGGGAUGAAGACAAACUAGGCCACGAGUUCCUGAUCCGCCAAGCGACCACAGUCAACGUUAAUGCAGCUACACAACUACUUACAGUCACCUUAGUCGCUAUUCAAGACACAAGUGAGAGAUUGCGAGAUGUGCUAUCUAAAGAGAUUACUCUAGUGCAACAAGCCAUGGAGUGGGGUGAAGACGGCACUCCGCCACAUCACUGGGACCAGCUGGUGGCCUUGCGAGGGGCUCUCAGUGACCUCAAACAUAACUUAAGAACUUUGAUUAGCUACAUGGAUUAUGCAGAAAAAAUUGCCACAGUAGCUGCAGAGAUAUCAUACUUAUCCGGAAACAUUGCUGCUUCAGAUGCCAUUUGUGAGAGAAUAGAUCAUGCAUGCAGAGCAUACAAGGCACAGAAGCAAAAAGUAGAUGAGCUGCAACUAGAAAGCCUGGAGCUGCAGCAGAAAGCAAUCAUUCAUGCACCUCACCUCGAAGACAAGAUCAUAGACAAGGAACCAAUACAGGACUCUAAGAACAAGGCCUGCUUUGAUAAAAAAUAAAGUUAUGUGGCUGAAUCUGAACUUACAAUUUGAAAUAGCAAAAUUUUAAAUUCGCGAUUGGACUCUAGAUUACCGUGAGGAGGUUGAUAUGAGUAUUUCCAAAUUUAAGGUGCAGUCUUCAGAUUCAGCCAAUAUGUUUCUAGUUUUAUAGAGAUAGAUAUUUAUAAUAGUUACAUCUUGUCUAGAUGCCAGUGACUGUGAGUAAGUAAUCUUUAAAAGAUUUCAAAAGAUGCGUUGUUAAUUUAUUGAUAUAAUAAAUCAGUGGUUAAGUAAAUA